AUAUCACUGUCAAUGUCGGAGAAAUAUUCCACAACAACGCUGAUCAAUCCGAUCAACAACAAAUCAUGCCUACUCGAUCCUGACCUGGAGACUGUUCUCAGCCAGUCACGUGAUUACAAUGAGUUGUUGUGGGCGUGGCUUGGCUGGCACAACAACGCUGGUCGUGCGGUGAGGGAGGAGUUCAGUGAGAUGGUCCAGCUGCUCAACAAGUGUGCCCAAGAAAAUGGUUAUAAGGAUGCGGGCGAAGUAUGGAAAGUGGCCGACUACGACGAUCCUUCCAUUGAAUCGAGCAUGGACGCGCUGAUGACGCAAAUGAUGCCACUCUACCGCAAGAUACAUGCCUUCGUCAGAAAGAGGUUGUACGACUUCUACGUCAGAACCAACAACUCCAACGGGAAGUUCACCGCUGGUAUCCAAGGGGACAUUACCAAAUUUGAACCGGAUGGAUACAUUCCAGCCCACGUACUAGGUAACAUGUUUUCUCAACAGUGGAGUAAUAUUUUCGACCUCGUCCUUCCAUUUCCCGGUGCUCCUCCCCCUAUCAACGUCACUUCCGUCAUGAAGAAGAAAAACUUCACCGUUCAUAAGAUGUUCAAAGUUGCAGAGGAGUUCUUCACUUCAAUGGGCUUCCAACCGAUGACUGCCAUUUUCUGGAAGGAGUCUGUGGUGCAGAGGCCAGCCGACCCGAACGUCAAGAUGGUCUGCCAUGCCUCCGCCUUCGAUAUGGUCCGCAAGGAUGAUUAUCGCAUAAAGAUGUGCACGAAAGUAGAGGUGGCUGACUUGCUGACCAUCCACCACGAGAUGGGCCACGUGGAAUACUACAUGGAGUACAGACACCUACCCAUCAUAUUCGCCAAUGGCGGGAAUGCAGCCUUCCACGAAGCUGUUGGCGACACGAUCGGUCUGUCGAUGAUGACCACCAAACACUUGAGAAGCGUCGGUCUCUACAUCGACGACGCUGCAAAGUUGAAGCAGCAAUUACAAAAAUAUGAAACUAACACCCAAGAAGACGAAGAUGAAGUUAAUUUUGUUGAAGGUGAAGAUGAUGGUUAUGAGAGUACGUACCCCAAUCUGCCUGAUGGUGAAGAAGGUGAUCUUGCUGAAGAUGUGCGAUAUACAGCGACAGAUAUUAAUGAUCUGAUGAGGAUGGCCCUGGAGAAGAUAGUUUUUCUACCGUACGCCUACACACUUGAAAAAUGGAGAUUCAGAGUUUUUAGAGGGGAGGUCACACCUGGCCAGUACAAUGAUGAUUGGUGGAAGUUGAGACGAAAAUACCAGGGCGUUGAUGCACCGCUAGUUAGGGGGGCCACAGAUUUCGACCCUGGUGCCAAGUACCACGUGGCUGCCAACAUUCCCUAUAACCGGUACUUUUUCAGUUUCAUCGGGCAGUUCCAGUUUUACGAAUCCUUGUGUAGGGAGGCCAGGGAACUUGGUCCUUUGCACAAAUGUGACUUCUAUAGAUCCAGAAGGGCAGGACGUAAGCUAAGACGCAUGCUGAAAAAAGGAAACAGUGUGCCAUGGAGAGCGUUGAUGCGCGAGUUGACGGGACAGUCUGACUUCAAGACCUCAUCCAUCCUCAAAUAUUUCAAGCCUCUCAGUGAUUGGCUGGAUGAAAAUAUCAAGGACGUUCCUAUUGGCUGGCCGUCUGAUGAUGAAUAAUCGUGUGGAAACAUAAUGGCAGUUAGUGACAACAAUGACAUGAAAAGGUUAAUUAGGAUUAAAAUGAAGUGGAAGAAGAAAAAGAAGAAAAAA